CAAUGCCCUCCAACGAGAGACGGCGCACUGAACGUCCACAUCAUACCGCAUUCGCACAUGGACGCAGGCUGGGAGAAGACCUUCGAUGAAUAUUAUUAUGGCACUAAAACGACUAUCAGUACAGCCAAUGUCCAGCUUAUAUAUCACUCGGUCCUCUCCGAACUUUUGCACGACAAAAGAAGAAAAUUUACCUUCUCAGAAACAGCUUACUUCUGGCGCUGGUGGAAAGAGCAGCGUGGUGCCACCCGAGCUACCUUCAAGAGUCUGGUAGCGGAAGGUCGCAUCCAGUUUGCUGGCGGUGGCUGGGUGCAGGCUGACGAGGCCACUGCUGAUUACCUCCAACUCUUGGACCAUUAUACUUGGGGACAUCGAAAACUCAACGACACUCUUGGCCCUUGCGGUAAGCCCAAGGCAGCGUGGCAGAUCGAUACAUACGGACACACGAGAGAGCACGCCUCCUUGCUGGCUCAGAUGGGCUUCGACGGACUGUUUAUAGGAAGGGUAGACCACAAAGAAAGAGAAGCAAUGAUAGAAGAAGACAGAUUGGAGUUUAUGUGGAGGGGAAGUGACGUACUUGGUAAGAUGUCAGAUAUAAUGACACACACGCUGUACAACUUAUACAACGCUCCCAAUGGAUUUUGUUUCGACUUCCUGUGCAGCGACGAACCAAUCAUUGAUGACCCAGACACGAAGGCCUAUAAUGCUGAUAAAAGGGUAAACGACUUCAUAUCACAAAUAGAGCGGCAGGCGAAGUACUACGAGCACGACAACAUCAUGGUGACCAUGGGGGGAGACUUCACCUACCAGAGCGCGGCGCACUGGUUUAUGAACAUCGACAAACUUAUCAACCACGUGAACAGCCACCCAGCCAAUAUGUCCGACAUCAAUAUAUUCUACUCGACGCCAUCUUGUUAUUUGAAAGCUAUUUACUUGUACGGAAGGCGGGAUAAGGCAGUUCACACAGAAAAGAAUGACUAUUUACCGUAUGGAAGCGAUGCGACUACAUAUUGGACGGGUUUUUACACCUCAAGACCGAGCCUCAAAUACUUUGUCAGAAGAGCACACGUUUUUCUACAGAUAGUUAAGCAACUGACAGUUCUGUCACGUAUGGCGGACUCGUAUGAACUGCACUUAUUGAGGCAUGCAGUCAGCUUGGUAUUACACCAUGAUGCCAUCACAGGGACCAGUCAACAGCACGUUGUGAACGAUUUCAUAAAAACAAUAUCUGAAGCGGUCGAAGCUUGUUCCAAGAAAGUAUCACAGUUUUUGGGAAUUUUAACUCCAUCUUGGGGGGGAAGCAGACGUCCAAAAAACAUACAACAAUUUGUUGUUUGCCAUCAGCUUAACAUGAGUCAAUGCCGCUUCGCAGAAGGGCAGGAGUCAAUACUGCUGCUAGUGUACAACCCGCUCAGCGUCAAGACGUACCACCACGUGCGGCUGCCGGCCAUUGCUCUUCACUACUCAAUCAGAGACUUCAACGAUGAAGAAGUGGAGUACCAGAUGGUGCCCUUACCGACAGCGGUCAUCAAUUUACCCGGACGGAGUUCCACCGCCAUUCAAGAGCUGUGCUUCGAGGCUGAGAACAUACCGCCUCUGGGCUUCACGUCAUACUACAUAGAGCCCAUAAGAGAUCAGCUGGCGGAAGGUCAGCUGGUGAAAAAAUCUAAACAGAAUCCCGAUGCGGAACACGAGACGUCCUAUAUCUCGAACGAGUACAUAAAGGUGUCAGUGGACAAGACGACUGGUCUGCUGGAGUCCAUCCAGCAUACCGACGGCGCGAAGGUGCUGAUAUCGCAGAACUACUACUAUUACAGCCAGAGCCAGCAGGGCUUGCAGUCCGGCGCUUACAGCUUCAGGCCAGACCAGGAGAGACCCACGCCUGUGGCUGAAAAAGCUUCCUACCACAGCAUCCGGGGGUCGCUAGUCAAGGAGAUCAGACAGCGUUUUAGCGACUGGGUGACGCAAAUCAUUCGGUUGUACCGCGGAGAGGAGUUUGUUGAAAUCGAAUGGAUUGUAGGACCUGUUCCUAUUGGGACGGAUCUUGGUAAAGAGGUGGUGUCUAUAUUCAAGACCAAUAUCAGCAACAACGGCGGGUUCUUCACAGACUCCAACUCUAGGCAAAUGAUGAAGAGAAGUUGCUGGAACGAAUCUACAAGUCAGCAGCAGAAGAAGCAUCUGCCGGCAUGCUUCUACCCGGUGAGCUCGCGCAUCUGCCUACAGUCCUGGAACAGCAGCGUGGAUCUGUGCGUGCUCACAGACAGGGUCCAGGGGGGGACUUCUUAUAAUGAGGGGGAGGUCGAACUUAUGAUUCACAGAAGACUACUAACGGAUGAUGGUUUUGGUUUAGAAGAGUCGUUAAACGAAGAGGCUUUCGGGGUGGGUUUGGUCGUUAAGGGCAAACACAGAAUCUUCUUCAGGAAUUUCAAGCAAGACGUUGAUGAUCAAACAUUUCCCGAGAGGGCAACACAGAUGUCACGGAAAUGGACGUACGAACCCUGGCUGUUCAUGACCCCCGGUGAGAAGAUCAGUCGCAGGAAGUGGCAGAAUGUCAGGAACAAGAGGUUCUCAGGCCUCCGUCUUCACGGGCUGCCGCGUCAUAUUCAUAUCUUGACGUUGGAGCCAUGGAAGGCUGGCUCAGUUCUGUUGAGACUUGAAAACACAUUAGAGAAGACACGUGAUCCACGCAAACAAGAGUCCCAAGUGCAAGAUGAGAUAAACAAAUCAUCACACAUCACCGUGGAGUUGCGUAAAAUAUUCAUUCAGUUUAAGAUAAUGAUGGUCAGAGAAACUACGCUCGCUGCCAAUCAAUGGCUCGAGGAUGCUAGACAGAUGGACUGGAGCACCAGAUAUGUCUAUUCUGGAGGCGACGAUGGAAUUUUUCCUGAAGACAAUCCUGACUAUCCCGAUGAAAUCAAAGUUACGAAGCCAAUGGACAUUAAAGAAUCGGCACUUCAUUCAGACGAAGAUGACUAUACCCGAAAGAAAGUAUACAGACAUACAAAUAGACGAUACGAUAAACCUUACAAAAUCAAAAGUACCCACGAAUUUGAAAGUAGAAGAAAACGAUCAAUUAAUAUCACAGAUAAUAUUACAGACGUAAAGAAUACGACCAAAGGCAAACAAGAAAUAAAUAAAAAUAUCGAUGGAGAACCACAAAUAAAAAAUACAAAGUGGAGUAGAAGCGACACCGUUAUUGACUUCGAAAAUAUCACUUCAAGACCGAAGAUAUUCAAAAACAGAUCUCGACACCACACAACGACACCGAAACUUAGUUUUUUGUCUGUUAAAAUGAACCCGUCGAAUUUAUUCGUCGAUUUAAACAAAAGUGAGGACAUCCCUUCGUCGGAGGAGGACGUUUCGUCGAACAUAAAGAAACACUCUUCGAAAAAGAGGAUAAAUAGACCGAAAAUUUUCAAAGACUACGAUGAUGCAGACCUAUAUCAAGAUGAUACUGACGAUGGAAUUACCAAAUCAAUGUACGAUAUGUACUACAAAAGCUAUCGGAGCAAACCCCGCAAAACUGCAUUCAAACCGCAUCUAAGAAGUUCAGAAAUGGAUACCGAGCAUUCCAGAAAACGCAGAAAGAGCGGAAGGGCUAACGACGACAGCUCUGAAACAACUUCUAGAAGAAGUAAGCAUAAAAGGAGAAAAGGACCAUCUAUAGGGAUACCGUUCUUUAUUACCAAUAGCAGAUUAGAUGAAGAAAGAGCAGAAGUGAGUCACAAGAGUAGGAAAUAUUAUCCUGAGAAAAUAGAACCAACACAGGAAAGACACGUACUAACUACAGGAAGGGAAGAUGGAGCGAGACCGGUAACACCCCGUAACAAAAGACGUAGAGAUUACACUGAAGGCUCUCAAGAAGAACAAGGGUCGCUAGAAGAGGAAAUGGAGAACGAAGAAGAAGACAAACCAGAAUAUAGAUAUAGUCGGAGAAGUAAACGAGCAAUCAUAAACGACGAGCAAACCGAACAAAGCUCGGAGCCUGCGCCUGCGCAUGUCAUCACACUCAGGCCGACGCAAAUACGAACAUUUGUCAUAUGGUUUGAGGAGAGGAAACCUUACAAUUUUUAG